AUGGGAGUUGAGACUUCGGACUCCAAGUCCGUGGAGGUGGGGUCGGCGCCUCUUUGGCUCGCACUGGAGUUCUGGCGUGACGGGUGCUAUGAAGAGCACGAUGAAAAAGGUACUGAAUACCAUGGAAAUGUCGAUAUGGAGGUCUCGCUAACGGCGUUUCUUUGGCAGCAAAUGCAUAUCGACAAUGUUCAAUUUUCGCUUUUGGAAGCCAGCGAGAAUUUCAUGGCAACGGUUCUGCUUUUAAUAAGUGGUGUGAUCACCGAUCGAGUCGGUGGAGCUGAGAUGAUCGUUUAUGGAAAUAUCGUUUAUACCAUCGGUUCUAUCCUCGUCGCUGCCGCCGCGACCGUGCGUUCUUUCGAUUUCAUGAUCGGAGGCCGAGUCAUUCUCGCGCUCGGCGAUAUCGCUACACAAAUCGCUCAGUAUAAGAUGUUUUCGUCUUGGUUCCCUCCUAGCAGUGGAUUUGCAUCCACACUAGGCUUUGAGCUCGCUAUUGGCAAGAUAGGCGGGUUUAUUGGCAAGUCGACGGCAAAUAUCAUUGCAAAGAAAACUGGAAACUUUGCAUGGGUCUUUUGGACCUCAGUGUUCAUGAAUCUGUUCACGAAUGCAGCCAGCGCAGCGUUCUGGUUCUUUAACCAGUAUUGUAAUCGCCAUUUCGAGGGGCGACGCGAUAAAGCCACGAAAGAGCAACUGACAGAGAAAAAUAAAAAGUUCGAAUUUCGAAAGAUAUUCGAACUCCCGUGGAUGUUCUGGUCUGUCAUGGCCUUCUCUGUGUUCCAAACGAGUGCCGCGACAGUCUUCAGCCAAAAUGCCACCGAACUGGCUGAGAAGCGGUUCAAUGUUGAUUCGAUCAAGGCCGGGUGGUAUAGUGCUCUUUCGCAGUAUGCAGGCUUUUUCCUCGUUCCCUGCUUGGGCGUGUUCAUCGAUGUCCUCGGCAACCGAGCAUCUGUCUUGUUUGUCUGCGGUCUCGGUAUGCUAUUGAGUAUGGUUCUCAUUAACUUUGCAACAUCGACGGCUGGCACAGGAGCUGCAUUCGGAAUUUACGCCGUUGCCGUGUCCUUUGGACCAACUUCAGUCAUCGACAGCAUUCGCACCACGCUCUGGCACCAAUCAGUCUUUGGGUCUGCGUAUGCAUUGAAGGUCACCAUGAAUAAUGCUAUGAGCAUUAUAAUUCGGAUCAUCACGGGAGCUUUGCAGGAUGCAGAUGACAAUUCAUACCGCCGAGUGGUGCAGGUGUAUCUAGUUCUUGGUGGUGGUGCUCUGGUUGUCGGUUCUGCUAUUCUGAUCGGCUCGUUUGUGACUGAUAACCUGGCGCCACUACAGUGGACUCGGCAUAGACGGUUGACAUCAGGUGCGGCUAUCAUCGAACGGAUUCGAGAACGCAAUUUGGUAACCCAGCAGCGGCGCACUCGGAACAUCUCGAUAUUUUGCUUUGGAGCUCUAAUUUUGUUGACACUUGGGUCGUGGGUGGCGUAUAUUUGGGGUGCGGUGACCGGUCAUAAUUCCUAG